AAAAUGGAUAUUAUUACAAUCGGAGGUUUGGUUGCUGUUGUUGCUAUCGUUAUUGGAUCAUGCUUUACUAUUUAUAAAUUAUUAACGCGAGAAACAACAUUUGAAGAGGUUUAUGGAAAUGAUAUGGCUAAACCUUUGGUUGCAGAAAAAGGCAAGGUAAAAGGGAGGCGUAAUCAUUCUAAAAGGCAAAGUCCAAAGAAGGAAACUGAUAAUAAGGAGGUUCAUGUUUCUGAAGAUGAUGAAGCUAGUGGUGAUUUUGUGGUUGUUAAACAAAUGGAGGAAGCAGUCAAAGUGUCAUCUUCAACUUCUGAGGUUAACGAUGAGUUGGAGAAUUUGCGGGUUGAAAAUGCGGAGCUGAAAAAAGAGAAGAAUGAACAGGCCGAACAACUUGUCGUCUAUGAGGAAACGAUUAAAAACAAGACUGUUGCAUCGAAACAGAUGGAUGAUGAAAAUAAGAAACUGCGUUCUAAAAACGAUCAAUUCUCCGCACAAUUAGAAAAACAGCUUAGGGAGUUGGAACAAUUGGGCGCUGAGAAUGCUCAAUUGAAACGAGAGAAGAACGAGCAAGACGAACGUCAUGUCAUCUUUGAACAAACUGUGAAGAACAAGCUUAUUGAGACUCACCAGUUGGGUGAUGAAAACAAAAAGUUACGUUUGAAAUGUGAACAAUUUUGUGAGCAAUUGGAAAAGAAGAAAACAGAGAUUACUAAGUUUUGCGAAGAUCGCGACAUGGCUAUGAAAGAGGUGCUGAAACUUCGUGAAGAGCGUGACCUUGCAAAAACUUUUAUGGAGAAAGCAGCUGCCGACAUUCAUUCAAAAGAUAUUAUGAUUCGGAAUAUUGAGACUAACUUUGAACAUCAACGUCAAGCUCUUCAAAUUGAAUUCAAUAAUGAACGUGGUCAUUUUAAAAACGUGGAGCAAGAAUGGUUAAAUGCUAAUGGACAAUUAGCCAAAGAACUUACUAAUGCUAAUGAUUUUGUUCGGGAGCUUGAGUAUAAGAAAUCACAAAUUGAGCAGAAACUCAAAAUUCGAAGCGAUGCAUAUACGCAAAUUGAGAAAUUAAAAGUCGAGAUGAGCCAUGCUUCUGAAUUGUAUAAUAAGCUUCAAGCGAAAUUUGAAGCUGUUCAGGCUGAAAAUGAAAAAUUAGUUUCUGUCAAUGCUGAAUUAAAGAAGGAGGCCACUAAUUUCCAAUCUCAAAACAAAGCUAUGAGUCAAUCAUCUGUUGAAUUGGAUCAAUUCAAGGGUACAAUUGCGGAAUUGAAUACAAAGCUGGAUCAACAACGUUCUCGUAAUCAAGAGUUGAGAGAUGCUAAUUAUAAGCUGAUGGAUACUGUGAAGCUCCUCCAAUCUUCCAAAUCGCUUGUUAAUGGUACGCCUCCCAUUACCAAUGGAAACAUUUCCGGUACUCAUGUCGAACAAGAUUCUGCGGUCGUUGAAAAGCUCGUCUUAGAAAACAAACAAUUCAAGUCAACAUUGGAUUCAUUGAAUAAGCAACUGGAAGAGGUUUCAAAGAUUGCGUUGGAGGUUGAAAUUGAUAGAGAUGCUAAGGUUGCACAAAUCGAGAAAAUGUUAAAUGAAGCAAAAUCGUAG